AUGAGUGGUAAAGAAGAGUUCCCUUCAAAUCUAGUUCCAAUUAAGGAUGUCAAUGAAGAAGAAGUGCAAAAAGCUGGAAGGUUUGCAGUGAAACAAUAUAAUGAGGAACAUGGACAUCAUUUCAUUUACAAGGGUGUGGUGAACGGUCUGUACGCUCCCAUUAUAGAUGGGAAUCCCAAAUAUUUUAUUAUUGUGAUAGAAGCUGUAAAUGACGAUGGAAAUGUGCAACCAUACCAGUUCCCUCUGCCUCCAACUUGGAAACAAGCGCGUGUAGCUAACAUUUUAUCUGGUAAUUACUGUCAACUCAAGUGUGCAGAGCCCUGGGUGGAGGUAAAAUUUGAAGAGGACAAGCAAGGCAAAAUCCAGGUCGUGGCUUCCCCUUUGAUUCGUCUCACUAAUAAACCCAAUGCCACAAUUGAAGACAUAGGUAGCCCUGACAAGGUUAUUGCUUCUCUUGGCCCUUUUGUUACUGGAAAUACGUUCCAUCCCGAAGAACUCGUUGAAUCAUCAGUUGAGAAACUCGGUGAUCAUACGUAUUACAAAUACACACUGGAAACUCCUUAUGCACUGACGGGUACACACAAUCUAACCAAGGCAACAGCUAAAGGAAGCACGGUUGUGUUAUUUGUGGCAAGGUUUGAGAAUCAUGCUUGA